GAGGGAUUCCUCCUCACUCGAUCUUCGCCAGCGCCGGAGAAGAAGAUCAAGAAGAAAACGACUAGCUUGUUUUUUUGGGAGGAUUUAACCAAGAGGUCGGACCGAGUAGGGCGACGUGGAAAGAAAGCCCGCGCUAAUAUAGGACGCGUGUUCCUCCCCCACAGAAAAAAAAUCGCCCCCACUAGAAACCCAUAAGCGUGCUUAUCAUCAGGACAAGUGCUGCGAAAAGUGAGUAGGAUGCCGAAGGUCAAGGAGGUGACCAGGUCGCAACUAGUGUCACGUACCAGUUUGGUCAAGUGUGGUGGUGACUACGAGUGGAAUAAAUUUGGGUAAUAAAAUAAAAGAGAAAGCAGAAAUCUUGAAAUGAUUUUCCUUAAUGGUUUAACCAAUCGUGGAGAAAACGGACCGACCAACUUUUCCGUUUUAUUUACCUCGUCCUUUCUCAAUUCAUGGCGUGGCGUGGCGUGGUUUGGUGACCAUUAGAAUUUAGACUUUGAGUGAAUCCCAUCAUUACAAAGAGUGAGGUGAAAGUGAUGCCUGCCGGAAAGUGAAAUCAGAGCUGGGUUGAAAAAGCUACGCAGUUCUUAUCGUGUCGUGUUAUCCGUGUGAGAAAGAAGUGAGUGCCGUUAAAUGUAGUUGAUACGUGGCUUGUCGUCUUGAUCCUCCAGCAGCAUUGGAAUCAAUCCCACCUCUUUCUCUCUCUGGAGGCAUGAUGGGGACUCCCAGGAUGUGCGAGGACGAUGGGAUGAUAAUAAUUGAGAUGGUGCUCAUUCGCAUGCACAUGCAGGGCUCAUUUCCAGUUGCCGUCGUGGAAAAAGCGAGGGUAUUACAGGGGAGAGAAAGUACAAUUCGUCGCCCAUUCAUCAUCCGCCACACAUAGCGAGGAGACGACUACUUGUUGAGCUCUCUGCUGCCUCUCUGCCCACGCCAAAUCCAAUCCACACAAGCUUCUCAUCGUCAUCAUCAUCAUCUUCAUCGGCUAGCUGUGAUAACUGACUGACUAACUUUCACCGUGACGGAGGGACGACGGUGUCUCACUUUUCUCUCCCUCGCGUUUUGGUGCUAUAAAUAUAGAAGAUAAGAUAUUUUUGGAGGAGGAGGAAUUGAUAAGUAAAACUGUUCCCCAGUUAAGGAUAAGUUAGUUAGUUAAGGAGAAGAGAAACAAACAUAGUGAAGAGGAAAAGUGAUGGAAAAUUCUGCUGCUCUUGAAUUAAUUGUGAUAAAUAAAUAUGAAAGUAACAAAGUUUUAUUAUAAAUAUUCCUCCUGCUUAAGAUAAGAAUUGAAGUAAAAGUAAAGUAAAGCGCAAAAUUUUAUUCCAUUUUGGAUUAUAAAGAAUGGUGAAAUGUUCCAGACUGAACUAAAGUCAUACUCACAGUAUUUACGGAUGGCAACAUGUCUGUCACCAAAAUUACCAUGUGGCGUUUUUAACAACAGAGUCGGAGUCCACCUCACCAAGAACCGAGCCAGACCCCAUACCAGCCAACAUGAGAAUGAUCGAAGACCCCGUGUUGACCCUUUGUCACUUCCCUUCGCCCGGGUCUAACCUUCAGGAGCGGAAGAAGGUCCGUGUCCUACCCUGCGUGUCCCUCAGCCUCCUUUGCUUCUCCCCACCGACGGCGACUUCACCCCCGACGUCCCCUCUCCUCCAUAAGAGACACUCACUCUCCCCCCCAGAUUCGGAUUGCUGUCCGCUCGACAAGCUCCAGAAGGGGUUGUCCCCUUCCUUCCAUAAGAUCGAGGACAGUCUCAACACUCCCGUUACGCAUUCUGCGGCUGGAACGGGAUUCUUUGGGAGUAGCGUGGUGCCGAUAUUGGACCCGCCGCCGAUUGGAUCCUUAGAUUCCGACUUGACCCUCACGCCAAACAACAACUCCCCCUCGUCAAGUCCCCCCAGCAGCCCGAAAAUGUUCCCUUCACACCACCACCCCCUCGACGACCCACAUUCCCACAACCAACAGCAGCAGCAGCAGCAACAGCAACAACUCCACCCACAGCAGCAGCACGCCCAACAGCAACAACAACACCACCACCACCCCGGCCAGCAGCAGCGGCUUCGCGUAACCAUGCCCCAAGUCAACCAGCAGCAGCAGCAGGGUCAACAAUCCCUGAACACGCCGCUCCCCCAGUCCGCUGGGUCUCCUACGGGCGGAAUAAACUGGAUUCUACCCUCACCCGACCGUACAUUCUAUGCCCCCCUCUUUGGCAUCCUGACCCCCACCUCGCAACCCCAACAACUCACCUUUAAUACGGAUUCGCCCAAUUCUGCUUCUCAAUUUGGAGGCUCACAGUCAGAGUUUUCAUUUGACCCGUCUUGCAUCUCGAUGACGGAUGACCCCUUCCGCCAACAGCAGCAGCAGCAGCAACCCCAACAACAACAACAACAGCAACAACAGUCGCAGCAGCAAGUUCAACAACCAAAGUAUCACCCCUGGGCGACCUCCGACUUCGACCAAAGCACUCAGGAGCAGUUAGUCAUACCAAAGCAGGAGCCGUUUGCCGAGUAUUGCACGGGAGGACCACCUUCCGUUGAGACCACGGCCUCGCAUGAUUCCUCCGCGACGCAGCAGUCCGUCGGGCUCGCGGAGUAUAACCCGAGCACUUCCAAGGGGCAUGAGAUUCUGAGUCAGGUGGGAGACACGUUCCAGGCCGGACCGUUAAGACUCGUGCCCGUGAAACCACGCCGUUAUCCGAACCGACCGAGCAAAACGCCCGUGCAUGAACGUCCCUACGCUUGCCCCGUGGAAGGUUGUGAUCGUCGCUUUUCCCGUUCGGACGAACUCACACGACACAUUCGAAUCCAUACUGGCCAAAAACCUUUCCAAUGUCGCAUCUGUAUGCGCAGUUUUUCCCGCUCGGACCAUCUCACCACCCAUGUUCGCACGCACACGGGGGAAAAGCCCUUUUCGUGUGACACCUGCGGGCGAAAGUUUGCCCGUUCCGAUGAGAAAAAGCGGCACGCCAAGGUUCACACAAAGUUGAGGACAAGACGGGAAAAGUGUGCCGCGUCGAGUACAAGUGCGUCAACGACAAACACGUCGACGACGACGUCCUCCUCCUCGAGUACAGUGCAUCCGAGUAGUAGUCACAACAUCAUGAUGCCCCCACACGCCCCACAGCAGCAGCAGCAAAUGUCGCAACAGCAACGCCUCGCUCAGGCCUCCCUCCCGCACACCAUCACCUCACACGACAUGCCGAUCGUGACGACGGGGGGGUUGUGAAAUUCACUGUUCCCCGUCGACGACGACGAGGACAACGAGGAGGACGAGGGCGUCUCUUAAAGUAAAAAACAUACAUACAUAAUUCCACAACAAUCAGACUCAGUUCAAAUUGUCAUCAUGGCCAUCGUCAUCUUACUAUCAAGAGUGUGUAAGUUAUUAAAAAAAACUCUGCUACUUCCUUCCUACUCCUACUAAAUGCUACUUAUUAGCUGCUCUCACGUAUGUAAAAUAACUCUGCUAAAAAGAAAAACAAGAGUGUUCCUGGGUCGACCUAACCAAAAACCAAACCAACAAAAAAAGUUUCACUUAUUCACCCGUGUCAUAAAACGAUAUACAAAAAAAAUAUCCUCCAGUUCAGUGGUGUCCAGUCCAUGUACCUCCCUGCAAACCAACCAACCUAAAAACUACCUUCAUCCUUAUCAUCAUCAACUUCAACUCAUCAUAAAUUUCAUCAUCAUCUCAACGUUCGUAGUAAAAAAAAUAGGUUGUCUAAUUACGUACCAGAAAAAGUAGAAACUUUACAAAAAAACUUUGCUCGUAGCCAAUUUUCAUGAUCUUCGUCUGCAUGAUUUUUUCAUCUCAUUGUUACAUACGAACUCCACACGUUGUGCUCUGUAAAAGUAAGUAAAAGUAAGUAAGAAGUAACUAACUUGUAGGUAGGUAGGUAGGUAAAAAAAGUUGUAUAAAAACGCUUACCAUUGUCUUCUGGAUGGAUGGAUGGAUGGAUGGAUGGAUGCAUGAAUCGGAUCUUUUUGCUGGUGAUACGAAUUUUAUGGGUCAAGAAUUAGUAAAAGAGUGCAGUACCAGUGGCCGCGGAAGGGGUGGGGACAUUAAGAUUGUAGGAUAGGAGAGGGUUUGAUGGGGACAUUGUCCUUCUGUCCCUUCGCCCUUCCGCGGCCACUGUUUUACACGCAGUUUUACAGCUCUGUAUUACUUACCAUUUGUUCAUUACAAACAAAGAAUUGUUGUCGUUGUCCGUAGUAAAAGUAGUCUGUUGCACUUUGUAUUCUUCUUAUCGAGAGAGCUACCUCGUCUCCUCUCAAUUAAUCGUAAUCAAAUCCUGACUCCCAUCAUAAUUCGCAAUCACAUCUGCUGGCUGCUGCCAAACCCCGUCGAAGUUAAUGAGUUGACGAUACAAAUGCAUAAAUUGUCUUGGAUUCGAUAUAUUAAUCGUAUUUUUCACCUUUUUGACUCUUUAUUUCCUUUUUUUAUUAUUUACUUAUCCACUUCUUAUCAUCAGUCUCAAGUUGAGAAGUUGAGGGAGAGACGACGCGACGCUCUGGGAGGAGAGAUGACUGACUAGAUUCAGAUAUUUACUACGUUAUAAUUAUUAAUUAACUUGUACUUACUUACUCAAAGAACUACCAAUGAUCUAGUGUUUUUUAAAAAGCAAGAUGAUAAGGUGUGUGCGUUAACAGCCAAACCAAAAAACAAGCAGGCAAAAAUGAGAGAGAGAAAGAGAGAUAUGUACCCACAAAACAAACUAUAUAAUUAACUUUAUAAAUGUAUUAUUACUAUUAAAUAUUAUUACCAACCUACAAAAAUUCAAUCCAAGCUAAAUAAUUUAACUAUACAUAUUUAAUUAAUUAAAUCAACAAACAAACUCAGUGGAAGUGGUGGAGAAAAUCGAGUCAGAUAACAGACCAGAUUUAUUAUUACAAUUUAAAAUAUACAAAUGUGUAAUAAUCUUAAAAAUUUAGCAAGUAUAGUUAAAUAGUUUAAAUUAAAUGUAAUCUCGGUGUAGUUUUUAACUCAACUCAACACUCAUAACUUAAAUGUGACCGCUUUUUAAUUUUUUCUCAAGAAAAAUCCAAGUAUUUAAAAAUCUUGAUAACUUUUAAGGAAAACAUCUCAUUUUUUUAGUAUUAUUUAAUAAUAAUUAAGUAUUACACGCCACAACAAUUAUUAUUAAUUACGAUAUUAUAAUCAUUCAUUAUACAAUGAUGAUGAUGACUAUCUAAUCCAAAUACCUGCUGAUUCUCGUGUAAUUUUAUUAUCGUUCGUUCAUUGUUGUAUUUACUACUUUAUUAUUAUUAUGAUUAAAAGGUGCGUUUUAUAAAUACUUGACUUGUUUUGGAGCAACUUGCGCCAAUGUUAAAGUUAAUACUUUAACUAUGGCGCAAGUUGGGCGAAAAAGGAGUAAAGUAUUAUUUAUUGUUGUUUACUAUUACCACUACUACUACCAACCACUACUAUACUGAAUAUUACUAUAUUGUUGUGUAACCAUUGUAUUGUUGUCGUCGUAAAUUGUUACAUACACAGAAGAAUGUAUUGUUAUCCUUGUCGUGGUAAAAAUAUUAUUGUGUUUGUUGUACCAACAACGAGUAUACAUUUAAUUAUUAUUAUUAUUAAUUAGUUAAUUAUUUAAUCGUGUUGUGUAAUUCAUGAAAAUAUUGUAUUUUUAUGGUGUGAUCCGUGGUGCACUAUUUUUGGACGUCUCAUAUUAUUAAUAAUAAAUUGUCAUGUCAGCCAA